GAUCAUAGACAGUAAUUCCGCGCAGGCUUUGUGUUCCUACUCAUCCUUCCAUGCCUUAGCUUACUAGCUCCACAACUGGUGCGUUUAUUUAUUGUUUUACUAUCGCGGCACAUCAUUUUGGAAGAAAAUGAUGAAUUAUUCUGACUACGACUCGGAUGAUUAUUCCUCUAAUGAAGAUGAAGACUACGUCCCCUCCGAUGACAACUUGAGUGAGGAUGACAUUAACGAGUGUGAGAAGGAAGAUGGCCUGGAAGGAGAGGAGCAAAACGAACCACGAACCGACCAUGCAAAGAAGAAAAAGAAGUCAAGUAAAGGGCUGUCUGUAAGGAAAAGGAAAAAAGGAGGGCUCAAGCUGGAAGAAGGUAAUGAGGAUGGCAGCCACAAACAAAAAGAAGAAGAAGAAGAAGAAGGAGAAAAGUUGAAAGAGGAUGAGUCAAAGUCCGUAGAGACUGAAGAGAAGCAGAAAAAGAAAGCAGACGACCUUUGGGCUAGUUUUUUAAAGGACGUUGGUCCCAGACCCAAAGCUCAGAGCCCUGCCUCUGAACAGUGUAUGGCCGAAAGCUCUGAUGAACCCAGUAAAACCACUACAGAAUCUGUGCAGCAAGAACUGAAACCUAAAGAGCCCUCUCGAAUCACGAUAACAAAAGUCUUCGACUUUGCUGGAGAAGAAGUCCGGGUCACUAAAGAGGUUGACGCGAAUUCACGAGAAGCCAAAAGUUUCCUGAAAAAGGAAGAGAAGGAGGAGGAGGAGGAGAUACAGGAGCAGCAGUCCUUCUCUAAAACCCCUUCAUCACUCACUCCUGGACCCAGUGCAAAGAGGCCAGUAGCAAUGGACAGCAUCCUGAACCGUAUUGGAGCCAAGAAGCAGAAGAUGAGCACGCUGGAGAAGUCCAAGCUGGACUGGGAUGCAUUCAAAACUGAGGAGGGCAUCACUGAUGAGCUGGCCAUCCACAACCGAGGAAAAGAGGGGUACGUGGAGAGGAAGAACUUUCUGGAGAGAGUGGACCAGCGGCAGUUUGAGCUGGAGAAGAGCGUGCGUCUUAGCAACAUGAAACGGUGACUGGAAAAUGGACAGGGUUGAUCCAGAAAUACAUGGACUGUAUACAUACACACACACACACACACACACACACACACACACACACACACACACACACACUCCCUAUACUAUUUGACUCAGUUGGCCAGCUCUCUCACCUCCUGCUUCUGACCUUAGUUCACAUGAGAAGCACACUCAUCCAUGAUUGGUGCCACCAAUCUGAUGAUCUAGCCUGUAUCCACCUCUUCUGACCUGAUCUGUAUGAGAAACCUAGAAAUGAUUCACUCAUCUCUCACCUGUCAGCUGGACUCAGUAAGGACAUAACAAUCAAGAGAAAAGAACGGCAUGGGGAUGGAUCUCAACAGCAUCAAAUAAAAGGCUAUGUUUACAAGGCCGGUAAAAGUGGCCCGAAUCUGAUUUUCUCACCAAAUCUGAGUUUUUUGUUUGGCUGUUCACAUUAUCUUUUAAAUGUGAUCUGUAUGCGAACAGAUCAGCUCCUAAACCGAUCCGCAUGCGCAAAAGAACAAUACUUCGCGAGGUGGCUCGUCCACAGGUAAACAGUCAUGACGGCCAGUGAAGUGAUUAUAGGCCAGGAGCGAUUAUAAAGUUCCAGUGGUUGACAGCUGGACUCAUCACCCAGUAUGUGUUUGAGUUCGCCAUUAAAAAAAGCAUGUUAUUCGGCCACGGCCACUUCUUUGGUUUGUGUCCUCAGAUUCUUCAAACGCUGCAGCAUCGGUCUCCUCUGGCAGUCAGAUUCAAUGCGUUUUUGCUGUUCACACUGACACACAAAUGACACGUGUGUCACAUAUGAGGAAAAGAUCACAUUUGGGCCUCUUUUACCUGCUGUGUAAACAUGGCCAAAGUCUCACAGUGUAUCAUGGUGUAGUGAAAAUGAGAAUUCCAGUGAAUUUGUGUCGGUUAGGUUUGAUCUAUAGUGUUUCCAAAAGUGGUUCCAGAUCUUAUCCUGCACUACGCAGCUCAGUACUUUUUGUUUUUCUCUGCUUUAAAACAUGGGAAUUGGCUCUUAAAUAGCCAUGUAUUUUAGAGUAGGGAAAACAUUAAACUAUGUAUUUGAUCUACAAGAUUUUGGUACUUCUGUAGUGACAUGAUUCCAUAGUCAUUCUCAAGUCAAGUCAUAAAGACUCAGUGUAUUGUAUCUGUGCUUUAACACACCUUGUUUAACUUAUCAGGUAAUUACUAAGGUGUUUGAUAACUCAGUCUCGACAUUUUAACUCUUAAAGAAUAAAAAGACGUCAUACUGAGCUGCUUCUCAGACUCAUAUUCAUUCUGGGGCGUUCUUGGGAUUGAAACAUAAGGGUGUGUUGUUUGUUCCUGUAUUUAUGCCGUUUCUCCUUUGAGAGUUUGCUCUGUUAAGAUUGAUUGAUUGUAUGGUAAUUACAUCUGUCCUGCUGUAAACAACUUUUUUUGCCCUUUGACAUGGAAUAAAUCAAAUCAUUUGGUUUUGA